GUAUUAUUUUCGCAAAGUACAAGUAUCGAUGUAAUAUGUUCAAGAGGACUCUCUUUUAUUAUUUCUCCUCUUUAAAUGUUCUCGUGGCAGGGUUGUUUAGGAAAAACGUGUCAGCGCCUGCGGGACUGGUCUUUUAGGCUUUCCGUGGCCAGCGCAGCACUUAAGAAGCGAUGCCCGCCUUUCGUCAACCGCAAACAACCUCCCUAGGCGUAACCACGGGACACUUUUUAUCCAUCGUCCACGGUUCUUGUUCCAGUUUUCUGGGAGAUCUAAUAGCAAUUAUCAGGCUUAAUUGGUUAUUGUAAUAGGAUUUUUCUCUGUUCGAGAGCAGAGCCAUCAAUUCGAAAGUACACGCGAGAAUCAACGCGUCGUUGUGUCUCGUCCGCCCAAAGCAAAGAUGGGUACCUAUCGUCUAGAGGAGGCAUCGACUGGUCGUGCCGGAUGCCAAAACAAGGAAUGCAAGGACCAAAAGAUCAAAAUUGCCAAGGGUGAAUUUCGCCUCGGCACCUGGGUCGAUACUGAGAAGUUCCAGAGUUUCUUCUGGAGACACUGGGGCUGCGUGACUCCAAAGAUCGUUGCGGGCCUCAAAGAAAUCUUGGACGAGGCAGACGGAGAUUAUAGCGCCAUCGAUGGCUUUGAAGAGAUUUCUGAGGAGAACCAAGCCAAGGUUCGCGAGGCCAUUGAGCAAGGCCAUAUAUCUGAUUCUGACUGGAAAGGGGAUGUGGAGAUGAACCGUCCUGGAAAGCAUGGUUACCGUGCUAAAGCUACCAAGAAAAAGGCUUCUGCCAAGGAAAAUGGCUCGAAGAGCGAUGCGGAAGAGGAGGCACCGGCAGCCAAAAAAGGCCGUGCUGGCGCGAAGGCCAAGAAGGAGACUGCAGCCGCAAAGGCUAACAUCGAAUCUGCUGGUUCCGAGGAAGAAGCGCCAGUUAAGAAGAGAGGUCGCCCAGCAAAGUCAGCUGCCUCCGCAGAGAAGAAGACUGAAAAGGAGGCAAAACCCGCUGCGAAAGGCGGGAAGAGAAAGCUGGCUGAUGCUGAUGCUGAUGCUGAAACUGCAGCUGCCGAGAAUCCUGAUCCAAGGCCAUCCAAGAAAGGCCGCAAAUCAGCUGCCGCUGAAGAGUCGGUGGCAGUUGAGGAAAAGCCCAAGCGCGGCCGUAAGAAAGCUGCUCCUACUCAAGACCAGGAGGCCGACAAAGAACCAUCCGAGAAAAAGUCUACACGCGGAAGAAAGAAGGCAUCCGCCUAAGUGUGUCCCCAUGGUAUUCGAUACGAGCAGUUGGCUCCUCGAACAUGAUGGAUACAUCGAGCAAUUUCACUUCCGCUCUUGCAGCCACGGCCGUCUGGUCACGGUCUAUCUCUAUCGGCAUGCCUCUGAUACCUCAGUAGAUGUGGGCGCCUAAUAAUUUUUCGAUUCGUGGAAUUCGAAAGAGAUUCCUUGUUUUAUUUACCUAGUUAGGUUGCUUAUUUGUUCAUGUGGCGCAAGCAUGUUUUUAGCGCUCAUCUCCGAAGACGUUUGUCUCAUUACAGUAUCAUGUACGGUAGAUGGGUCAAUUAAAGAAUGGAACAAAUAGUUAAACAUGUCUUGUCUUUGAUUAGUCGAUAGAGCGAGACCUACAGUAGGAACUGCCAAUACAAUUCUGG